CCCUGCUCUAGCAUUAAUUUAAAAAAAGUAGUUUGAAGACUUUUACCAGGUUUACAAUGAAGGUAUAAUUUAUACUUUUGUCUUGGACAAAAAAGAAAAAAGACUGACAAUAUCCAAUAUGAUUCCAGAAAUGAUCAUCAUCAUAAUCCUUAUUGAUCAUAUAAACACAGGCCCUGGGACUACGGCAAACAUAAAACAAAUUGUACUUGGACGAUGCUAUGAGUACAUUACAAUGGUAAAACCUAGUUAUAGAUUUAAAUGCGAGGAGAUUUGGCAUGAGUUUGAAGACGCAGUGAUCCGGAAAACACCAUGCAAUGUGAAAGACAAAGAUUACGAGAAAAUGUUUCAUGCUGCUCCUCAAACUCCUCCCUGUAACAAACUGCUGUUUUGGAGCAAGACACGGGAGCAUAUGCAGAGCAAUCUAGAUGUCACACAAAGCUAUUGGACAUUGGAGAAUACACUGGUGGGAUUCAUGUUCAAGGACCUCAUCUGGUGUGGUCAGCAGGGAAGAGACAGAGGCUUCGAUUUUCAGUCUUGUCCAGAAUGGUCAACAUGUGUGAGCCAUCCUGUGUACUCGCUGUGGAAACAAGCAUCACAAAAUUUUGCUGCAGCAGCUUGUGGAAAUAUUACAGUACUCUUAAAUGGAUCAAAUGAAAAUGCAUUCAACAGGAACAGCAUGUUCGGGAGUGUGGAGCUGGACAGUUUUAAUCCCAAGAUGGUGUCCCAUGUCCACAUUAAUGUUGUUCCAAAUUUAGAAGGCCCAUUUGUAGAGUCCUGUUCCAAGGGUUCCAUUCUCAAACUCAUAGGUGUUCUGCAGACCCGAGGGUUCCAAUGGUCCUGCACAGACAGUGGUCCGAUCCACUCCGGAGUUUGAGGCCUGCCCUAGCCUGGCUGAUCCCACCUCCUUCACGAUGACAUCAUCCACCAGUUUCCUAUUUAAGGAGG